AUGAGUCUGCAGCAAUACGCAUGCAGAUGUCUUAACAUUACUAUCACGAGCACGACUACGAAAGUGAAUGGGGAUGUUGCUCCAACGAGCCCCGUUCACUUUGAGAAAGUCCAUGUUGGCGACGCAGGUGUGAAAGUGUCUCAUAGUCAGCUUACGCUCCGUCGACGGAUUGCAGCCGAAGACCGAGGAGCUAAGAUUCAAUGGAACACGGUAUCAUGUCUACUAUGUCGCACGACAGUAUACCGGGUUUCGAGCGAGGUCUCAACCGAUUUUGAACUGCGUGACGGACUUGUGGUCACUCCCGGGGAGGAUUUUGCAGAGGGCGAGAUUCUGCGUGGCCGAGAUGGGUUCAUUGAGAUCAAUCUUGGCUUAGAAGGUUGCAUCGAUGCUGAAGCUAUAUCUGCAGCACGUAAUGAAUCUACCAAAUACAGCGAAACCUUUGGGCUGUUGUUGCCCGCCUCUCCGAAACCUUCCACUCUCCCCAGCACACCUCAGCGUCCUUCAUCUCCUCAACCACCUGCUACUCCACGUAAUUUCCUUCCCACGCUUCCGCCGUUGUUUCACCCACCUCCUUAUUCCCCGUCGCACCCUGUCUUUGUUCGCCUGUCCAAGACGGCCUCAAUCACAUCUGCACGUUACCGAGCGCAAGCUGAACAAGCAAUUGAAGCAUUUAUCGAAGGACAGGUCGCACAGGUCCUCGAGAAAGAACGCCACCUCCGUGGCCAAGUCGAAGUAAUUUGGAGUAAAUGGAGGGAGAACUGGAAGCAAGAGGCCGAUUCUGAAUCUCCUUCAGAGGGUCAUCAUCCUACUCUUAGCGGCGUCGUAUCAAUGAGAGAGUUUAGUCCCACGCGAGCAUCCGAGUCUGGCCCUGUUGGUGCUCAAGGGUCUGUUGCGCCCCAGGCUGCACCUGCGCGCCGGACCUCGAUGCAUACUCCCGGUCCAUCCAUGCUCUCUCAGUCGCUCCGGCAGUCCAACUUCGUGCCACCUCCCCAACCGGUUAUUUCUACACCGUCCCCAGAGCUUCCUGCCCCUGUUAAUGGCGUAAAGAACCCUCUGGAUGAUUCGUUCGCUAUAUCCGUGUCUCUCCAAAUAAGGAAUAUAGACGCGCUCCGAGCACGUGAAUCCGCUAGGGAUGUAGAGGAGAGGCGGCGUAACCGGUUGAGCUUGGGCGGUAGGCCCAACACAACCCCAGCCGUGCCCGAAGAACAAUCGCUGGAGGAUGACAAGCAUGUGACCUCAACAUCUCGAAACGGCGUGGCCGAAGGCAAACGCAAGGUCACGUUCCAAGCCGAUGUCAAAGAAGAAGAUGGCGGGUCGCAACCAGUGUCCCGGAGAGGCGGUAGUGCUGAUGGUACUGAUGAGCAUGAAGAGCAGACAGAGACACCGGCUCUUUUUGAUCUUGAUGAUGAUGAUGAUGAAGAGUUUAAUCAACCGAGCACUGAGACUGAUCAAACUGCGGAUACUACACCCGACGAGCCGACUACGCCUCGUGCCGUGGCUCAACUCAAGGCAAAGGCCAAAGCCAACAAAGACUUGCCAAAAAUAGGCAACAAGUCUGCCGUUCCUGCCUUGCUUACCGUUAACCUUGGACCUUCACCUGCUAAGCCCAAGGCAUCACUCAAGUCCCCGCCGGCAGCAAAGCUGGAAAGCCCCAAGACACGAACUGCGCGACCGGGUGAAGAUAAGCUUCUUGAGCUUGUUGCGGCCAACUACCCUUCUCACCGUGCAGCUUGGAGGCCAAACGGCAAAGCCUGGGAGCUAUUCGACGCCCGAAGAAAGCUUGCAGAUUCCCCAGACUCGGCAUCAAUGACCAGUAGCGAAGAUUCAGGUGGUGCAAAAUGGCACAACCCUUCACAGUUUGCGACUUCACUCCCGAUCGGGAUAGCCGCUGGUCCCCUGGCCUCGUCUGCUGAGCGGGAGCCGAAAACAAGCUUGCACAACGAGCCUGGAGCGCUUGUCCCUCCGCUGCGGCUGAAUCAUGAAACGCCGAGGCAAACACGCGAACGCACUUACGCGCUACGUGACCUUGCGAGGUCCGUGGAUCCCGGCCCAGCCCUUGAACUACAGGCUGCAGAGGAUGCAGAAGAAGACACUGAUGAGGAAGAAGAGAUUGAUGCAGUCGGCGAGAUCAGUAACGCCGAACGAAUUAGGAGGCGCACUAUGAGGAUUGUUCAGCGGCAAUCAGGUGUACCAGAUGCUGGGAUGUGGCGAAGUGUGGCUUCUUGA